UUGUUAGAUGCAUCAUGAAUUGCGUCCUUUGGGUCAGUGUGGUGUUUUUGGCAGCUGGCGUGUCUGAUCUUUGUCUGGCUGGACCCCUCCACGCCCAGUGCAAAGUAGAAUGGUAUUUGGGGAUACCGUGUCAAGCCAUUUAUGAAUCCCUGCUUUCCCAGAUAAAGAAGUGGGAAGGCAUGGCGGGCUGCAGGCAUGGAGGACAGCGCUGCUUGUACAAGCUGCAAUCUGCCACCGUGCACUUCAUAUCUGCCAAACACACUAGUCCCUUUAAGAGACAUGUCCAUGUCAUCAACUUCCGCCUCGCCCCCUACCAUUUCUUCACUUGCUGUCGUGUUUCGGCCAUGUCCAUCUCUGAGAGCUGGUAUGAGGUGAAAGACCAUGGGACCAACUACUGCAACCUGUACAACCUUAUGGAAGGAAGCCAUCUCACAGAGGUCAGGGGUUACAGGGAGAUCACCAGUGACUUUCUAUGUACCCAACGCUCCUCUGCCAACUGUACAGUCUACUAAUCUGCACCACCACCACCACCACCAAUGGC